AUGGCCAUAAACUUUUAUUAUUAUGGACAAUGUUCAUAUUUGUUGGGUAAAGAAGCUGAGUUAAUUGUUCAAACAGGAUUUGGACAAUUAACAAAAAUUGAGAAUGGAUCUGGCAAUAGCAUUCAGUUGAUCUCACAAUUGGCUGAACCAUUGCCUUUUCUUGCUUUUUUGAAAUAUUUGAGAGAGAAAGAAGAUAACCUUAAUAAUCUGUUGAAAAAAAUGGUAAAUAAUCGCUGGAAUUUAUCAUUUUGUGGUAGUCUUUUUGAGGUAUAUCUUGCUGAAUCACUCAAAAGAUUAUUUGAUGGUAAUAUCUUAAAAAAUCAUCACCUUUUUGUACCAAUUUUACAAGCAAGAAAUGACAAUUUGUUAUGCCAGCCAAUAUUUAGGGAACACAUUACUAUAUUUGAUUAUCCAUCAACAAUUUUGAGUACAGAUAAUCCAAAUAUUUUCUGCAUGAUUCAUGAUGAAAAGCUAAAUCUGCUAGAAUAUUUAAAGAAACAAUUUUCACCAUUUUUUCUUCCUGAGGAAGAAGCAGGACCAGAUUUGGUGUGCAUUGUCCAAUUCAAAACCCAGAAAACUGUUGUAAAAGUACCACUUUUCCUGCAAGCAAAGCUAGUGGGGAAAGUUAAUAAUUGUUCCAAAGCACUAAGAACAACAAAUCCUUAUAGUUUUUUUCAAAAGUCAAAAUCUAACAAUGAAGAUAACCUUAUGAAACUAGUAGAAAAGGAAUUAAAUGGUCAAUACAAUAAUCUACAUGGUCUGCAAAAUCCUUUAUGUAAAUCCACUUUAGACUGCUUAAGGAAUAUUUAUUCAGAAGCUCAUAAAUAUGGGAUUUGUUGGAUUCAGAUGCUUGUUGUGUUCCCUGCAGAUGUCAGACAGAAAAGUUUUUAUCGGUGGAUCAGGGAAGAAAAAAGCUUUGAAGUGGUAAUUAUAAUUGAUGCUAGUAACACUGAACAGUUACUUGAUGACACAACUAUUGAAGUCUUAAAUUAUUUGAAAACAAAAAUAUCUUGA